AUGAACUUCUUCAAAAUCACUUUCUUCCUUGCCCUUAUCGUCGGAGCCAUUUUUGCUGCUCCAUCCAAGAAAUGUGCUGAAAACGAGGAGUUCAAAGAGUGUGGGACCGCUUGUGAGGCUAAUUGUGCUGAUGGACACGUGAUGUUCUGCACAAUGCAGUGCAUCGUCAACGUUUGCCAGUGCAAAAAUGGCUUCUUCCGAAACAAGGACAAGAAAUGCGUUCCAAAAAAUAAGUGCUAA